AUGUCAGUGCUGUCGUCACAUUCUACAACGUCUACGCCUGUAAAUGUAACCAUCGAAGGCCUUCGAAAUCAGGUAUCCGAACUACAAGAAAUUAUAGAAGGCAAGAAUUGGGAACAAAAAAACCACACCACAGAUUUCAGCUGGUGUUUCGGAUAA